AUGCGCGCGCGCGUGGACGCCCGCGCGCGGGCGACGGGCGCGGUUUCGCGCGCGCCUCGGGCGCGGUCGUCGAGACGCGAGGGGGGUGGACGUCGGGCGGACGUCGGGCGAACGUGGACGAAAGCGUCGACGUCGACAUCGAGCGCGGCGUCGACGUCCGAGGGCGCGCGAGACGCGUUCGGGGCGUUCGAGCGAUGGGCGAGCGAUGCCGCGGGUGCGGUCGAUGGGUCGAGCGCGGAGCGGGGGUGGCGAAGGGUGGAUGAGGCGUACGUCUUGGCUCCGAAAGGGGACGCGAAGGCGACGCGGGUGAUUCACUUUUGCGGCGGCGCGUUCGUCGGUGCGUCGCCGCAGGUGACGUACUCGGAGAUGUGCGAGACGUUGGUGAGAGAGGGGAACGCGAUCGUGAUCGCGACGCCGAUCGCGAUGGGAUUGGAUCACCUGAGAGUGGCGGACGAGGCGUGGCAGCGGUACGAACGAUGCGCUCGGGAGUUGAGACGCAACGUGGACGGGUUCGACGAACUUCCGGUGUACGGCGUCGGACACUCGUUCGGAGCGUUGCUCACGGUUUUAAUCGCGUCGAGAUACGAGACGAAGCGGCGAGGGAACGUGAUGAUGUCGUUCAAUAACAAGCCGGCGACGGAUGCGAUUCCGCUCUUCGCCGACGUCUUGGCGCCCGGUUUACGCGGUCUGUCGCCGAUACUCGACGCCGCGAACAAGUCGCCACUUCGAUCGUUGCAACGAAAUGCGGACACGCAACUCAGGGAGUUCGCACCGCCGCUCGUGCGAGAGUUGUUGCCGAUUUUGGACACGCUCGAGCCGGUGAUUUUGGAAAUCGCCGACGGGCGCGCCGAGUUCACGCCGACGCCGACCGAGUCGGCCAAGCUGAUCCAAAAGUAUUACUCCACGAAAAAGAAUCUCCUGAUUAAGUUUCAGGACGAUACCAUAGACGAGACGAGCGCGCUCGCGGCGACGCUCGCGGGCGCCGUCGCGGCGAGCGACCUCGACCUCACCGUGCGCGCGCGUCCCGGAGACCACGUGUUCCCGCUCUGGCGAGACACGGGCAUCGAAAUCCCGACCGAGAUCUACGACGUCGCCGAGCAGGGCGGUGACAUCUUGGCCGCGUUCGGCGACGCGUUCGGGAUCAGGCCCGACGCCUCGCCUCUCGGCGUACUUCGCGAGAGCUUCGACCGCGCGCGCGCGCAGGCGCGCGAGGCGCGAGACGCCCCCGGCUCGGAUGAAAAUCGCGCCCGCAUGCGCGCCCUCGUCGCCGACGUCCUCGUCUGGAUGGACACCCCGUGA